AUGGCUACUCGAUGCGGAGCAUGCAAGCUCAUUAGGAGAAAAUGCAAGGACGACUGUGUAUUUGCACCAUUCUUCCCCUCAGAUCAAAUUGACAAGUUUUCAUGCCUUCACAGCGUUUUUGGAUCACGCUACGUCAGUAAAUGUCUGACCAAGCUACCCUUUAACCAGAGAGAAGCCGAGGUUAACUCUCUUGUCUUCCAAGCCAAAGCUAGAAGGGAAGACCCGGUUUAUGGUUCCGCCGGUUUAAUCUCACGACAACAACAACAGCUCCUACAGCUUCAACAAGAGGUGGAUUUUCUCAUGAAACGACUCCAACCGCCGCAGUUACCACAAAUGCAACUCCAGCAGCCGCAGUUACCACAAAUGCAACUCCAGCAGCCGCACUUCUCACAAACGCAACUCCUCCAGCAGCUGCAGUUACCACAAAUGCAACUCCAGCAGCCGCACUUCUCACAAACGCAAUUCCUCCAGCAGCUACAGUUACCACAAAUGCAACUCCAGCAGCCGCACUUCCCACAAACGCAACUCCAGCAGCCGCACUUCCCACAAACGCAACUCCAGCAGCCGCACUUCCCACAAAGGCAACUCCAGCCGCAGUUACCACAAAUGCAACUCCAGCAGCUGCACUUCCCACAAACGCAACUCCAGCAGCAGCAUUUCCCACAAACGCAACUCCUCCAGCCGCACUUCCCACAAAGGAAGAGGAAGACAAGUAGGAGUACUAGGGCGGCGAAGAAGAAAAAGAAGGCAACCACAAACACAUCCGAUGAAGUCUUAUCACUUCCCUAUGAUUUGCUAGUGAUGAUCGUGGCACGCGUUCCAAUACUAUACUAUCGGAAUCUGUCACUAGUCUCCAAGAGCUUUCAAUCUAUGGUGGCUUCAACUGAACUUUACAGGGUCAGGUCAGACUUGGGCCUAACGGAGAGUUGUCUCUAUGUGUGCAUGAGGUUCGGGUUCAGUUCUCAUAAGUGGUACACCCUCUCCUCCAAGAGUAAGAGUAGUUCAAGUGGCCGCGGCAGUGGCUAUGUUUUGGGUAAAGUCUCAAUAAUGCCCCCCGGUGAUGGUGAUGAUUCUCCUUGUGCGGUGGGUUCUGGUAUUUCAGAUAUUGUGGCUGUUGGUUCUGAUAUCUACAACAUUGGGCAAGCUGCUGAUAAAACCGGGGUCUCGAUUCUUGAUUGCAAGACUCACAGGUGGCGUAAGGCUCCAAGCAUGCCAGUGGAGGUAGAGUCAAUUUCUGCCAGGGUCCUUGAUCAAAAGAUAUAUGUACUAGGACGACGCUACCAUAAUCAAGAUGGUUCCUGGAAGAGCUUGCUCCAGGUAUUCAACACAAGUACGCAAACUUGGGAUGAUAUCCCUUGGUGUGUAUUGGACCUAGCCAGACACACUUUUAAUAUUGACGGAAAUAUCCACGCGAUAGAUAUAUUUGGUAAGGUGUUUGCUUUCAAUUCAAAGCAAGGUAGAUGGGACCUAGUUGAACAAUAUCCACGUGUCUGUGAAAGUAUGUUUUCAGGUUCUUACUGCGAGAUAGACAAUGUUUUGUACUCUGUUUCUAAAGAAGGAGCUCUGAGAUGGUAUGACACCGACAAGACAAGGUGGAGAGAUUUGAAGGGUUUGGUAGGGCUACCUAAGUUGCCUAGUUAUGGUGCUUAUGUUAAAUUGACUGGUUAUGGUGGUGGAAAGAUGAUGCUUUUCUGGAAUAUAAAUUUUAAUAUUCACUUGUCUCAGGAGGAGACCAUAUAUUGUGCCGAGAUAGCUCUUGAAAGACGCAAUGGAGAUUGUUGGGGCAAACUUGAGUGGUAUGAUGGUGUGCAUUCAGUCCUUGCGGGAACUGAGAUUGUUAAGGUUCUUUCUGUAACGCUUUGA